AUGGAGAGCCUCCAGCUUUCCCAAGUCCUCGCCGAUCUUAGCAAUCUCGGCGCCGCAGAACCCGAAGCUGCAGCUGCCAUCGUCAGUGCCAAUAUCCCCGUCGUCCAGAUCACUCGCCCCAGACUCGACGACCCCACGAACUCCGCCUCCGCCUCCCCCUCUCACCAGCUUCGCCCCUCGGGUCUCCAGCGGGCCUGGUCUUCCGAUACCAAGUUCGACAAGUUCGGUCGCCGUAUCCUCAUAAACUCCCCUUCCCGUUCCGGAUCCGCCGCCAACUCCAUCCCCGGCACUCCGCGACGUGGCGACUCUGAUUUUGAAGAUGAAGCCGAUCGAGCCUCGACCCUCAUAGCCCUCUACGAUAUCCGUUCCAAGCUCAAGCAACAGGACAACAGCAGCCUCGUCAAGGCUCGCGAGAAGAUCAAUGCCAUCGCUGCCAAGCAGCAGGCCCAGCAAGCCGCCGAGCGCAACUCCAAGGCUGCUGACCAGCUCCGCCGAAAUCGUUACUCUUUUCCCAAGCCGGGUCUCUAA